AUGAAUGUAAGGAAUAUGAGAGAAUCCCGAGGAGAAGAUUCACUUGACCACCUCAAAUUCCUUGUCCCACGCGCUCGCUCGCGUCUCCUGAGCAGCUCCUGUCCCUGUCAGGGCCUCGAACUCCACUCUCCUAUCAACUCUAGUGUUAUUUUUUUUGGAGUCCGCAAAGGAACAACACACACAGCGAGAAAUCGAGUGGUUGGCUGGUGACAAUGGCAAAUAUUAUAUAUAGAAGGUUGCUGUUAGCUUCGAGGUUCAAGUCUUUUUGGUUCUAGAUUAUCGAGGGGAAAAGACAAAUCGGCAUUCUCCUCUUUUCCACCUUUUCUUUUGGUGUUUUGAUUCUUUGGAUUUUGGAUAGUCCACCAAUCUGAGUGCCAGAAUUCACUUGUUAGUAGUUUGCACUUUGCACGUCUAUGGACUUUCAUGUAUGGUGAAUUUCUUUGGUUAUUCAUCAGUGCUGGUGGGUAAGUAGUGCAGACUAGCUCAACUUAAAUAUCUGUAUGGUAACUGAGAAAAUGACGCAAAAGGUUUGAUGGUUUUUUUUCCUUUUGGUUUUUACAUUUGCUCUGGCUCGACUAAUCUUACUGGCUUUAGUGGGUUUUGUUGUUUGCUCAGUAUCUUACUCUCCUGUCCUAGUUUCUGCUACAUUUCUUGCCACAUUUCUUCCCUAUCAGUUGGUUCUCUUACUGAGAAAAUGAUGUUCGGUUGCUGGGAACAUAAUACAAGUUUUGGUUCUUGUGUUGGUUCUAUUACUCUGGCUUAAUGAGCUUGAUGUUUCCAAUGGGUCUUAUUUAUUGCUGCGUAAACUGCUCUCCAGUACCACUUUCCUACACAUUUUCGUUUUCCAUUAAAUUUUCAGUAACCAAACCUACCGUAUAAGCUUCUGUCAUCUUAUUAUAUUAGUGUUUUCCUUCUUGCAGGCUUCUCUGCGGCCAAAGUUUUGUAAGAGUUCACUUGGAAAUUGUUUGAAUGCCAAGAAAUGUGAAAGCCCUAGACGCUUCUAGUCGUUAUUGAUAAUCACAGGACGGCUUUUUUCGUUUAUUUUCUCAUAAUCUUGAGCUGGGAACAAGCUAUGGUGGUAUUUUUACUUCUUGGUGCAACAGGACCACCGAUUAAAAGAAGAAAGGGUUUAAGGAUCAAGCAAGCUGGUCGAGGUUCAUACAGGGGAAGCUAGUUGCAGCUUUCGGGUUUCUGCUGUAAUAUUUCACCUUGGAAGAUCCAUAGAUGGAAGCCACUUCUAUGAUGAAGUUGCUGAAGAGCUUUUGUGAUUGCUCACAUUGGAAUUAUGCUGUAUUUUGGAAGCUUAAUCACCAUUUUCCAAUGACUUUGACCUGGGAAGACGGAUACUAUUGUGAUUUGCAAACCAAUGAGGCUGUGGAAAAUAUGUGGACGGAGGUGGCUUCUUCAAGUUGUGAAACUAUACGUAGUUCUGAAGAGAGUUCUGUUAGAUUACUCAUGACUGAAAUGUCUCGUCUGAAGUACAUAUUGGGAGAGGGGGCUGUCGGCAAAAUAGCUCUUACUGGAGAUCAUUGUUGGAUUUUAUUUGAGGAUAUUCUUACUGGUAAAUUCCAGACUAAGUUGAAAAAUGAGUGUCUAAAUGAAUGGCUUCUUCAAUUUGCAUCAGCUAUCAAGACUAUCGUACUGGUACCCGUUCUUCCACAAGGAGUUUUGCAAUUCGGCUCAUUCAAAGCGGUUGCCGAAGAUCUGGUCUUUGUUGCAAAUGUCAAGGAGAAAUUCAAUUUCUUUCAUCAUGCAACAGCAGAUACUCUGACAUUGAGCUCAGAUGAAAAUAUUCACUAUUGGUCAUUCUCGGCUCUAACAAACUGUCCUCUAGAUAAUUCUGAUGUAUCAUCUCUUACAAACACUAUCCUGACACGUGAACUUUUUGGUGGCAAUUCACUUACUAUAAAUGAACUGAGGUUGAAUCCAACUGUCCCAUUGUCUAUUCCGGUCGAAAGUGGUUCCAGGUCCAGGAAAAAUGAGACCAUUCCCCCAUCAACUGGGGUGUCAAAUGAUGCUGGUCAGGUGGAAAUCAAAUCAAACCGAAUGGAAGAAGUGAUAGGGACCUGUUCUCCAUGUGUCAAUAACGUGGGAGUAUUUGGACAGACAUCUGAAGGACAAUUUUCUUACUCUCACAAUGACAUGGCAGAACAAUUUGGAGAUACUGACACUGAUCAUGAAGAAUGUAAUAAGGUGGAUAGUUUCAAUUUUCCAUUGGAUUCUGAAUUACACAAAGCACUAGGGCCUUUUACUAAUAGACAAACUUCUGAACCUGGGUUGGAAUAUUUAUCUGCUGAGGAUACUUACAGUGCUAGCUCCACGUCGAUAUCUGGUGAAAAAGAGCUCGGUCAUAUUAGGGGCAUAAAAUUUUCAGAGGGACACAAAUCAGAAAAUCUUUUGGAUGCAGUUCUUGGCAAUUUAUCCAGUGCCUCUGGUGAUUCUUCAUCGACUUUGCCAACCGUGUUUACUGCUUCCAUUCAUCCACAAAGUCAUUCUGAGGGAAGCACUUUGAUUGCGUAUAAUGGUGAUUCUAGUAGCCAUCUUCCAUCUGCAUUUGGGGCCAACAUAGAUGAAUGUACUGACCUUCUUACGUUGGCAUCUUUGGAUGACAAUUCAGGCAUAUUGCUUGAUGGGGCACAGCAGGAAUCUGUUCAUGUUCAUAGGCAGCCUAACAGUGGAUCGAAACACCCUAGUAUUGGCAAGAAAAGAGCCCGUGCAGGAAAUACACCAAGGCCAAGACCAAGGGACAGACAGUUGAUCAUGGACCGGAUGAAGGAGCUGAGGGAACUUGUCCCAGAUGGUGCCAAGUGCAGCAUUGACAACCUCUUAGAUCGGGCCAUAAAGCACAUGCUAUACUUGAGAGAAGUAACAGACCAGGCUGAGAAAUUGAAACAGUUUGAGCAUAAAGAGGUGCCCGAGCUGAAGCAGAAAAUCAAUGGCAAUCAUACUGGGAGGAGUUGCGCAAUUGACUUUGGCAGUGAACUCCAAGUCUUCCCCAUAGUCAUAGAAGAUCUUGAAUGCCCUGGCCACAUGCUUAUAGAGGUGAUAUGCAGUGAGCAUGGACUUUUCUUUGAGAUUGCCCAAGUGAUUCGACAGCUGGAGCUUACCAUAUUGAAAGGUGUUUUAGAAAGCAGUUCAAGCACUGCCUUGGCCCGUUUCAUUGUUGAGGUUCCCAGAGGUUUUCACAGAAUGGAUGUUCUGUGCCCUUUGUUGCAUCUUUUGCAGACUGGAACAAGCUCUGUCACAUAGAAUUUGAUCUAUUUCAUCUGCAUAUAACGAAGAAUGCAUAUCCUGUCAAAAGUUUGAAAUGGCACAGAUCCUGUAGCUGGUUGUAUAUAUAUAUCGCCUACUUAAUAUCGUGUUAUUCAAGGCAAGAUUCAAGCAGUCGGCCUCAAUGUUUAAUUGUUAGCUGCAUUAAUUCUUGACAGAUCUACAUCCUGUAUAUUAUGAUUAUGAAGCCUUUCCAUCAGAACAGUUUUUAUGGCUUAGAAGUACAAUUUAUUUCCGGAUCUCGGCGGAACAUUUAUGAUCCCUUAUUCUGUCA